AUGGACAUGAUAAUUUCUGCAGUACUUGGUGAGGCGAUCUCUAGAUCCAUAAGUUUUGUCAUCAGCAAAAGCUCCAAGCAGAAGGUGCCAGAUGAUGUUCACAACAGCCUGCAAAGGGUUCUCCUUCGGGCACAGGUCAUCAUCGAUGAGGCCACGGGAUGCCACAUCACAAACCAAGGUAUGUUGCAGCAGCUGGGCAUGCUGAGAGAUGCCAUGUACCAAGGCAAUUACAUACUUGACACUUCCAUAUACCAAUCUCAUGACGUGGAGGAUGGCAAGGAUUCUGUUGUGAGUCAAUCUUUGCCUUUGUGCAAAGUAAAUUCUCUCAGACGAAUAUCUUCUUCCAGUAGAAAGAAAGAGAUUUUGGAACAAUUGCAACAUGCUGUUAAUAAUUUGAGCUCUAUGAUACUUGAUCUAAAAGAGCUGGUUGUGUUCUUGACGAGCUACCCUCGGAUGUACCGCCAGCCUUAUAGCAUGCAUCUACUGCUCAGUAACUGCAUGUUUGGCCGCCAGAUGGAAGCACAUCAUGUUAUUAGCUUCCUGUUGGAUACACAGCCUCGUGGUUUUGAAGAAUUGGAAGUCCUGCCAAUUGUUGGUCCAUAUGAAGUUGGAAAGAGCACCCUUGUCUCUCAUAUUUGCAACGAUGAAAGGAUCCGUGAUCAUUUCUCUGAAAUUUUUUUAUUGAGCGGACAUGAGUUUACAAAUUUUGACCACGCUAAGCUGAGUGAAGGAUGUGCAGCAGAACAUCAAAAUUGUGUGUUGAACUCAAACAAAGAUAGGAAGUUACUUUUUGUUGUUGAAUUAGUUGGUGAUCUUAACGAAGAUGCUUGGAAUAAAUGGUGUUGUUCUUAUAAACAACACAUACCAAGGGGUAGUAAAAUCAUAGUCACAAGCCGAUCAGACAAGAUCGUCAAGUUUGGAACAGCACCACCUCUAUAUUUGAAGCAUCUGUCCCCUGAAGCGUACUGGUAUUUCUUUAAGACACUUACGUUUGGAAGCAUGGAUCCUGAAACACACCCAAGGUUUGCCCGACUUGCUAUGGAGAUGGCUAGGCUCCUAAGUGGAACUUUCAUUGGUGCAAACGUGAAUGCUUGUUUGCUGAGGGACAACUUUGACAUCCAUUUUUGGCACAAGGUUGUAGCCUUCUACAGAGUGGUCACCUUGAAGAAUGUCUCAGAAUUUGGUGUUCGUCCAUUCAAUCUUAUACAACAGAACAGGCCUAUAAUUAUUUGGGGGAUGGCCACACCGUCUGAAGAGCUUGUGAUUUAUGGUCAAUUUGAACGCUCUGCAGAGGAGGAGGUUCCAAAGAUAAGUUUCCGAGAUGUGUUUUAUGGAAACGUUAAUCCUCGUGGGAAAUUUGAGAUCCUAUUGUGGAGGUCUCGGAUUCCGCCUUACUAUAGCUAUUUUAGCUCUUCUGAGAUCCGAGAGGUAAAAACUGCAGCUGCCAAGAGGAAGCGUUCUGUGAAAAAUGGAUUAAUGCUUUGUUAA